AUCUGUGUCGCUUGCGCUAUCACAACAUAACCUGACAAGUACUUUAAUCUACUAAUUACCAAAAUAAUGUAUUACAUUAUUAAUGGAGUAUCUUAAUUAAUCAACAAACAGUGCCCAAAAAAAUUGUGCCCAAUUCAAACUCGUGUGCUGUUUACUUGAUUUAUUUUUAGUUAAAAUGUCUCUAGCUGAUGAACUGUUGGCUGAUUUGGAAGAAAAUGAUGACGGAGAACUUGAAGCAAUUAUUGAGAGUAAAACUCUAAAUGACAAUGAAUUUGCUGUACCGUUCCCGGUUGUACCAAAUGAAGAAGAUAUUAAAAAUGUAUCCAUUAGGGAACUUGCUAAACUAAGACAUUCGGAUCGUCUGCAAAGGGUGGUAACAGCAAUUGCGCAAAAUGUGGGCAGUGACAGAAAAAAAAUAGAGGUGACUGGUUUGAUGGAGUCAGACCCUGAAUAUCAAUUGAUUGUAGAGGCAAACAAUAUAGCUGUUGAGAUUGACGGGGAAAUAGCUAUUAUCCACAGAUUUGUUCGGGAUAAAUACCAGAAAAGGUUUCCAGAACUAGACUCGCUGAUAAUAACACCAUUGGAGUACAUCCGCACUGUAAAAGAGCUUGGUAAUGAUUUGGACAGAGCUAAGAAUAACGAGAUACUGCAGAGCUUUCUGACACAGGCUACUAUUAUGAUUGUAUCGGUCACAGCAUCCACAACUCAGGGGAAAUUGCUCUCUGACUAUGAACUGAGUGAGAUCUAUGAGGGUUGUGACAUGGCAACAGAGUUAAACAACUUCAAGUCAAACAUUUACGAAUAUGUUGAGAGCAGAAUGACUUUUAUUGCUCCAAAUAUAACUGCUAUUGUUGGUGCCUCUACGGCAGCGAAGAUUCUGGGUGUUGCGGGUGGUUUAUCAAAGCUGUCUAAAAUGCCAGCCUGCAAUGUGCUUCCACUCGGACAGCAGAAGAAGGCCUUGUCGGGCUUCUCUCAGGCCGCUUCAUUGCCUCAUACUGGCUUCAUUUACUUCUCCCAAAUCGUUCAGGACGCAACUCCCGAAUUACGAUACAAAGCAGCCAAGCUUGUGUCGACAAAACUAACAUUGGCCGCGAGGGUUGACGCGUGCCACGAGAGCACCGAUGGACAAAUUGGAAGACAACUCAGAGAGAAUAUCGAGAAGAAACUCGAUAAACUACAGGAACCACCUCCCGUGAAGUUUGUGAAGCCGCUUCCGAAGCCCAUAGAGCAGAGCCGAAAGAAGCGCGGAGGCAAACGCGUGCGCAAGAUGAAAGAGCGGUACGCCAUGACAGAGUUCAGAAAGAACGCAAACCGGCUCAACUUCGCUGACAUUGAAGACGACGCUUAUCAGGAAGAUUUGGGAUACACGCGCGGCACCAUUGGGAAAUCGAGGACUGGACGCGUCCGAUUGCCGCAAAUAGACGAGAAGACCAAAGUGCGCAUCAGCAAGACGUUGCAGAAGAACUUGCAGAAACAAAACCAGCAAUACGGAGGCGCGACCAGCAUACGAAGACAGGUUUCCGGUACCGCGUCCUCGGUCGCCUUUACACCUUUGCAGGGUCUCGAAAUUGUGAAUCCGCAAGCUGCUGAGACGCGAAUCAAUGAAGCCAACGCCAAAUAUUUUUCGAACACGUCCGGAUUCUUGUCCGUUGGCAAAAAGACAACAUGAGCGGAAUUCCUAAGUCAUGACAGAACGCGCCGACAAUUUCCAAGCUAUACUUGAAUAAGGCAUAAUGUGACAAAAUAAUGUAUGAAUAAAUAUUAUUGAUCUAGA